CCGAGGCUGAAGUAUCCGUGCCGCUGAAAAUGCUGAGUUUUGCCCAGUCUUCGCUUGCAGUCGUCAUCGUCGUGGUUGCUAUCGUCACCACUGUAUUCAAGCCUGGCAGCAUCCAACUUCGAAAUGUUUCGCCUACCUUGGAGGUAUCCUCGGAAACGACCGAUGUCUACAGUGCGUUGCUGGCCCGAGUCAACAAGGAGCGUGCGGCAAAUGGUCUGCCUUCACUUUGUGCAAGUGCCAAGCUGCAGAAGGCCGCUCAGCGUCAGUCGGAAGAUAUGGCUGCGAACGACUUCCUUCACCACGUCGGAUCGGACGGAUCCACAGUUCCAAGCCGCAUCUCGGAAGCUGGUUACAAGUAUAAAUCGAUCGCUGAAAACGUCGCGGGUGGCCAAGCAGAUGCUGAAGCAGUCGUGGUCACGUGGAUGAACUCGACCGGUCACCGCAUGAACAUCCUGGGAGACUACACCCACUUCGGGGCGGGUUACACCUUCAACCCGGACGGAAUGUACACGCACUACUGGGCGCAAGAGUUUGCUACGAGUGACGUCGAAUCCUGCGAUGUCUCUCAAGUGAUGUAAGCAAAGAGCUUAGACCCUUUACGUUCAUGUUGAGAUGGGCCAAACAUCGUAUAAUGGUAUAACGCAGCAAAAAUGGUUUUCACAUCUAUAUUACA